AUGGAGUCCAUACCUAGUGAACAGCAUGCUUGGGUCGUUACUCGUCAAGGGUUUCCUAUCAAAGCCUUGGCUUUCAAAACGGAUUGGCCAGUUCCAAAAAAACUUGAAGACAACGAGGUCCUUGUAAAGAUACAAGCUGCUGCUUUAAAUCCUGGUGGCUGGAAAUUGAUGGUAGCAGUACCCAACUUUUUAAUCAAGCGACCCCACGUUGCCGAGCUCGAUUUUGCCGGCGUCGUCGUUAAAGAAAAUAGCACACAGUUUACAGAUGGCGAAGCAGUAUUCGGGUGGAUACCUGCAGAUUUACAGUGGAAAACUCAACAAGGGGCACUGGCCCAGUACGCGCGUGUUCCGUCUAGCGCACUUGUAAAGCGACCACCCAACAUUACUCCUACCCAAGCUGCUGGGAUCACCGUCGCUGCGCUAACAUCAUAUCAGGCUUUGUUUCACAUUGCCAAACUCGAGGCAGACCAAACAGUUUUCAUCAACGGAGGUAGCUCCUCAUUAGGUGCAUAUGCCAUUCAAUUUGCCAAAGCGAAAGGCGCAAAAGUCAUCGCCACUGCGUCCGAAAAAAAUGAAGAUCUUGUCCGUGAAUUAGGCGCAGAUGAAUUCAUUGAUUACACGAAAAAACCGCUUUACGCCCAGUUACUCGAAAACCCACCGACGACAAAAUAUCAUGUCAUUUACGACGCAGUCGGUGUAAUUGACCCGUCUCUUUUUACUUAUAGUGAAAAGUACUUGGCACCGAAUGGCAUUUUCAUCUCAUCUGGACCUAUGCCCACAAAGAUAUCCAUUGGCGAGGCAUGGAAAUUAGUAAAAACCUUACUCGCUAUGUUCACGCCUGCCGUUCUCGGAGGGAUAAACAGAAGAUAUUCUGUAAUCUUCACAAAAAACAACCCCGAUGAUUUGAAUGCAAUUCAAAAAUUAGUAGCGGAUGGUAAAGUCAAGCCUGUCGUCGAUUCCGUGUACGAGUUGCACGAUGCUUUAGCUGCAUAUGACAAAAUCAUGACCUCGAGAGCUCGGGGUAAAGUAAUUGUCAAGAUUGAUCCGGGAGUCAAUUGA